CAAGACCAAGGUUUUCGAAUUUUGAAAAUACGUUAAUCGACGUUUUCUUUGUCGUGUCUGUUUGAAAGUUUUCUUAUCGAAUAUUAAGAAAAAGUGAUCGUGUGAACUUUGUUAAAAGAAAUUAUCCAUUAUUAAAGUAUUAUAAAUACGAAGGAAGUCUAACGCGCAGUUUAAGCUAAUAUUAAUAUUGUGAGUUGUGAAAUUCGGUGCAAGUCACCAUGUCUGCGAGAGAAAUCUACUAUUCUGAGAAAUACUACGAUGAGGAACACGAGUACAGACAUGUUGUCCUGCCUAAAGAGAUGGUGAAGCUCGUGCCCAAGAACCACCUAAUGUCGGAGCAGGAGUGGCGCAGCAUCGGUGUCCAGCAGAGCCAGGGAUGGGUACACUACAUGAUGCAUCAACCUGAGCCCCAUAUCUUGCUGUUCCGGCGAAAGAAGACCAAGUAGAAAUGAAGUGGAUACAAUGCUAAGUUCUCAUUAGAUAUAAAUGUAUAGUUUUCUCUAAGUUUAGUAUAAGAUUCUGCCCAUAACUUGUUCCAAAUCUCCGUCAAGAUAUAAUAGUUCUUGUCCAUCAGUAAUUUUUGUCAACCAUGAAAUGUUAGGUUCAAAUCAUUUUUUUUCAAUGUAUUGAGUUACCAACAUUAACUACCUUAUGAUAUUAUUUAGACUUUUCAGUUUAUUUUAUCAUGACAUACUUGAAAAUUCUAUUUCUCACUGUCAUGGAUAAUGAAGCCUGAACAUUUGGGCUUAUAAUAAAUUAUGAUUUAGUACAAAAUAUAUUGACGUAACCCACCUGAAAAUGUUAUUUUUAUGUGUUUAUCAUAUUGAUAUUGUAUCAUGUUUAAGUAAGAACAGUUAUAAACAAAUUGCUGGCUCUGUAUUACAAGGUUCUAUGUUAAUUUAUAUUUAUCUUGGCAAAGUAAAAUUUCAAAAUUCCAUAUUUGUAAAAAUAAAAAAAAAACAAUAUUCAUGUUUUCUCCUUUAUUUGUCUUUUGGGAUUAUUGAAAUUUUUGUCUAAUUGUGAUAUAUAAGUAAAUUUAAAAUUUCUGCAAAAUAUAUGACAUACAACCUUGUAACAAUUAGCCAGUAAAAUAUUGUGCAGUUUUUAUUUGAAUUAAUGUCUAAGUUUCUUUUAAGACAAAUGAGUAAUGGAAAAUAUAACAUUUUGUUUACCUUGUCAUAUAAGUUUAUCAAAAAGUAAUUGAGAGUGAGAUAUAAUUCAUAUUAAUAUAGUGAUAAUGUCAUUUAAUAUGCAGGUCAUAGUAAUGAAUUUCUGAAAAUAAAUGAGCAGUCUUGACUAUACAAUACAUUAUGGGCAAUUAAUUUUCAUUCCAUAUUUUUAGUAGUUAAUUACAUCAAUAUUUUUUUUUUUACAAUCAACAAUAUUACUUCCAAAAAUCAUUUUACUUGUGAUAUAUUGUGAUAAAUACAAAUUUGCUGUAAUCUAACGAUUUCCAGUGUGUUGGUUUGUCCUGUUUUGGCAUGUACAGUGUUAAGAGUUUGACCACCAUUUUGUGUGACAAUUUGACAUUCAUUUAUAUUUGCAUGUUGUAUAUAGUAAAGUAAGAAUCGUCAGUAUGUGUAAUCAGCACAUUGGCAGCAUUUUUUCUAUCCAGUGUCUUAUUGAAUUGAACACAAAUAAAUUAUUUGGUGCUAUGU